AGAUAACUUCUAUUUCCGUGAAAAACAAACUCAGGAUGUACAAGAUCUAGAUCUAGAUCUAAAUCUAUACUAGAUCUAUAUUAUCAAAAUAUUUUAGAUGUCUUGGUUUAGUUAGUAAAAUCAUUACAAUGAAUUUAGGACCAAGUAACCCUUACACGAAUGGGCUGCUUUUUGCUGGAUGGAAUCAAGAUCACGGCUGUUUCUCCUGUGGCAUGGAGACUGGGUUUCGAGUGUAUAACACAGAUCCACUGAAGGAAAAGGAGAGACAAGAUUUCUCUGAUGGCGGUAUUGGACAUGUAGAGAUGUUGUUUCGUUGCAAUUAUUUAGCUUUAGUGGGAGGAGGGAAAAACCCCAAAUACCCACCAAACAAAGUGAUGGUGUGGGAUGACUUAAAGAAGAAACAUGUCAUAGAACUGGAAUUUUCUUCUGACGUCCGCAGCGUCCGUCUUCGCAGGGACAGGAUAGUUGUGGCCUUAGACACGAUGAUCAAAGUGUACACUUUCACACAGAACCCACAGCAGUUACAUGUCUUUGAGACAGGUUUAAAUCCUAAAGGACUGUGCGUAAUGUGUCCAAACAGCACCAACUCCUACCUGUCAUUCCCAGCCAGAAAACUAGGUCAUGUCCAGCUGAUUGAUCUUGCUGACACAGAGAAGGCCCCGUUAGAUAUCCCGGCCCACGAGGCCAAUCUCAGCUGCAUGGCCAUGAACCUCCAGGGCACAAAGUUGGCCACAGCUUCAGAAAAGGGCACAUUGAUUCGUGUAUUUGACACAGCCAAUGGACACUUAAUACAUGAGCUGCGUCGUGGUGCAAACAGUGCACACAUUUACUGCAUCAGUUUUAGUGCUGACGCCACUAUGUUGUGUGUCUCCAGUGACCACGGAACUGUGCACAUCUUUUCCACUGAAGACGAGAAGAAAAAUAAACAGUCCAGCCUGGCGUCUGCAAGUUUUUUGCCAAAGUAUUUUAGUUCCAAGUGGAGUUUUUCCAAGUUUCAAGUCCCUGGGGGGGCCCACUGCAUCUGUGCCUUUGGUGCAGAGCCAAACACUGUCAUAGUUAUAUGUGCAGAUGGUAGCUACUACAGAUUUUCUUUCAAUGCAAAAGGUGAGUGUACCAGGGAAGUCUGUGCACAUUUUCUUGAGAUGACAGAUGAAAGGACUUGAUGACAGAUGGCAUAUGACAGAUGGCAUAUGACAGAUGGCAUAUGACAGAUGGUUUGAUCAUUGUCGGACUGGAUGUUAAGUUGGCUGUGAGACUGGCUUGGGUAUAUGUCAAUGGUGGUAUGGCCACAUUGUGGUAUGGCCACAUUGUGGUAUGGCCACAUUGUGGUAUGGCCACAUUGUGGUAUGGCCACAUGGCGGUAUGGCCACAUGGUGUGCUGUUCUUGUAGACAUUUUUC